GCUGACUGUGUUUGAGGAAAGAUGGCGGAGACUGUAGAGACGGCAGUGGUAAAGAUAUAGGGAUACUAGGCCGCCAGUUAGUGUCGGAACCGGUAUGGCGCCCUCGCAUAACGUGGUGCUGCUGGUAGAUACUGCGGACUGUUCUCUCAAAGACAGAGUCCGGCUUCUGUCUCUCAAGCUGCUCAAUUUCCUCACCUGCCGGGCAGGCCUGGGACAGGUCCGCUGGAGUUACCGCUUUCUGAACUCACAAGGGGGUCGCUGUAGGCCUCCGCGCCGUUCCGAUUUGCGUGAAUUGGGUCCCCGCAGCUGGGAUGAGUUUGAAGAAGAGCUCGAGGCCUGUUGGGAACGGGCCAGGAGCAGCCGGGCCUCGAGUACUCAAACCUCCCGGGCCGUGCAUACCCAGGGCGCUUUGAUGGAGACCGUGUCGGAUUUCCAGUGGGACAGACCAGACAUCUGUUCCCCAACUAAACCCGCUUUAAUAAAGACACGCAGAGGUGGUCGAGGCAUGACGGCGGACGAACCUUUAAAGGCUGAGUCACCUACUGGAAACCUGGCUGCCUGGAGCUGUAGAAACGCCGUGUUCCUCCUCUCCCCUUGCCCCCACUCCGCUGCACAGCUUAGCCAAUUCAUAGCUGGCUCUGGGGACGUCGGGUCUCAGCAAGUCAUUGAGAAACUCCUGCCCAGGGGUCUGCAGAGCAUUGUUUCCAACAGGAGGGUCACCCUGUACUGGCUGGACACUCUGGACUGGACCGAGCUUUGGAGUUCUUGUGAACAUUCUGGAUAUCUGACAAUGGUGGAAGUCAUGCAAUUUGUUGGGGGAAGGAUUGUACCAUCCGAGUCUUUACUACUGUCAUCGAGUCAGCUAUUUCCCUAUAGUUCUACUUCAGAUGCAAGUCUUAGCGUCCCUUUUGAUUCGGUCUUGAGUUAUGUGAUAUGUGAUGAACCUGAUCAUCGGUUAAGGUUUCCACAGCAAGAUGGCAUUGUGUUCUUCAUAACACCAGGAACAAAUGAAGAGUGGGAAUGUCCUGUGACGUUGGAACCCAUUUCAAUGAACCAAAACCAAUCAAAUUGUUUAAUGCACAUAAAACUGAAGGGUGUUUUGCAACACUGGAGCCAGAAUCAGGCUGGUUUGCUCACUGUGGAGACUUGGAUGCUUCAGAAUCCAAACAAAGAUGUAACUCACAACCUCUUUCAGCAGCUCCUACAAGCCCUGUUAUCCCGGGGACUACACGUGGUUGCUGAUGUAUUUACAGAAGAGGACCUGUGUGCAAGCACUGGGAUUCUUACCCCUGUUUCAGAAAGUGCUGCCGUUCUUAAUGUGAUAUGUAGUGCAAAAGCUGAUGGUUUGGAAGGAUUACGUGUACAUGGAUCACUUAAUGAAGCUUGUGAAGGAAUAUCUAUUGACCUCUCUGACAUUUUAAGAAAUGUUUUAAAUAUCUGUACAGCUGAUGUAGAGUCACCAUCUGAUAUUUCAAUGCCAGAAUGGGUUACUCAAGAACUAUCUCAAAGUAGUCAUUGGACUUCAUCAUUUGUUGAAAAGUGGUACACAUUAUGUGGGACCUCUGGUGCUAGCACUAACCUAAUGGAAUCGUUUAGGUUAAUAAAUGCGGCCUCCUUUACGGAGGAUGAACAGUUGAAAUGUGACCAGGAGAUAACACAUUGUUUGUCAGAGUAUUAUCAGAAGAAAUCCUGUGACGAGUCUGGAAACACAAAACAAGGAGAAAACCACAAGAAACGUCUUCCCCGUACUCCAGUGAGGCAAAAGAUGAAAACUAUGCCACGCUCUCUGCAGAUGCUUAAUGCUGCUCGGCUGAAUGUGAAGGCUCAGAAAUCCCAACCAGACAGUGUACUACUUGUACCCAAUGAAAAGAAUUCCCAGGCAAAAAGAAGAUCAUCAGACAAGCAAGAAGAAAAAACAAAGUCCCUGAAGCUCAAUGGUUUCAAAACCGAAGAGGAGUUAUUUUCUAUACUAAAGGAAGAGUAUGAAAAGACACUAUCUGUAGAGGAUGAUGGAUUGCUAACUUGGGCCAGAAAUGCAAUAUCUAACAUAAAUUCAUUCUUGAAAACAAGCAAUAGCAAACAGACAGAGGUUGAUGCUGGCAAAAUCAGAAACCUUCUAAAGACCAGCAAAGCCAUCAGGCAAUCAUAUGGAAGUAACCAGAGAAAAGAAACUAAACUUAGAGAAUGCCAGGUUCAAGUGUUUUUAAGGUUGGAAAUGUGUGUUCAGUGUCCAGUUGUGCAGUCAAACACAGAUGAGUUGGAACAAACAGUUGAGGAGAUAACAGAUAUGUUGCGUAUUAUCUCUCUAACAGAAGAUCCAUCGUUUCUCACUAAUUUUUUAGAUGAAAAUGUCCUUCCAGAAUAUAUAGCAACAAUACCUAAAAUCCUGGCAGACAUCUAUUUUAGUCUUGGGACCCAAAUUCCAGAGGAUCUGGCCUUGGUACUUCCUGCAGAUGGUGAUGAUUCUGUUAUUCAAGAAGGAGCAACACCUGCAUAUUCACAGCCGUCCAUCUCCAGGGUUCCAAGCGUGGCUCAGCUAGGUACAGAGGAAGAACAGCUUGAAGAUCUGCGCACAAGAUCUGCCAAGAAAAGGAGGACAAGCACAAUGACAAGACACAGGAGCAUAGCAGAACCCUCCCAAAGUAUGCGACAGAUUGAAGUUCCCAAGAAACAGAUGAAUAAGGAGAAUUUACAAAAUAAUCCUAUUGUUAUGGUUGAGAAAUUAAAGAUGCCUCCUUCAGUCCAGCCACAGAAAGAUGCAGAAGCAACAAAAGUGAGGAGGAAUUUAUUUGUACAGCAGAACCAAUCCCCAACAAAGAAAAGCAAUAAAUUGCCAAGAAGCCAAUCUGUAUCGGCAGUAGAGGACCUGAAACACAAACGCAGCAAGUCACAUGAUGGCACAAAAGAUCAUUAUAAAUUACUUACUAAGAAAGUGUCAGAGACACCGGUUCGUAAGCAAACGUCAAAUAGACUUCUUCAUAAGCAGAUUAAAGGACGGCUUUCGGAGGCUACAUCUGACAUCAGCAUUGUGGAAGAAUCCCCUGAGAAAGAAAUAAGAAACAUUGAUUUGCGAAGAAGCCCCCGCAUCAAACAGCUGGCCCUAACAAGGAGAAACUCGUCUUUCUAUGCUUCCCAGCCAAAGUCUCGUAAUCUGGAAAGAGUCCAUUCAUUUACACAACAGCAUCAUGGUGAUGAUCAAACAGGCAAUAAUUCUGUUUCAUUGGUGAAAACCCCCAAACGGCUGCUUUUUGGAGAAGUGCUGAAAGUGAGUAGCCCACCUGUGACAAGACAAGCGGCACGGAAUCUCUUCAGUGAAGCAGCGUGUGAAAAUUGUCAGACUCCAGGAAAAACUAAAAGGAGGACUCCAAACAAACCCAAAACUGUUUCCAAAGAAUUUCAGGAAAAGGACACGCUGCCUCGCAAAUCUCCACAUACCCCCAAGACACCUGUUAGGACUCCUAAAUUGCUUAAAACUCCCUCAAAAACCUCAACCGAGAGAACAAAAGCUGCUAAAAACUUAGGAAAGUUGUUCUCGCCAUCUAAAAUGCUUCUGAAAUCCUCUUCCAGAUCCUGUAGUAAUUAUGAAAUAACACCACCGAGAGAGAGCUCUCAGGCUAAUUUUGCUUCCCCAUUAAAGAACACGGAGGUUACUGCUCUUCAUGUCAGGCAACGACUUUCAAGUCCUUCUAAUCGCGCAAACCAAAUGCCACAGGUUUCACGUACUCCUAGCAAAUCACCUUACCGGGUAAAUGAACCGCUAGCACAGUGUACCACGCCAAGUAGGUAUGCUUUACGGACCCCACAGAAGCCACUCGCUGUUCCAGUUUGUCAAACGCCUACCCCAAAGAAAUGUGUGGAGCGAGGCCUUCCUACAGCAGCGCCGUGUGUACUAGAGUGCACUCCUCAAAAACGCAAACCCUUUUCUCCUGCUAAACUUAGUACAUUCAACUGUUCUUUGUCUCCAAAUGGCAUGCCAAAAAGCAUUGUUGGCAAUUCUCCGUUCAAAGCCUCUGCUAUGGGAAAUAAUUCAAUGCUUCUCUAUCAGCAAAUGCAUCGGACUCCACCGAAACUGUCAAGUCCACUCACGCCGCUAGCAAAAUCAAAUGACAGACAUUCCUCGAUCACAUCUGAUGGAAAUCCUAAAACUUUGUGCAAUGUGUCUGCCCACAUCCAAGGAGAGACAUCCAGCCAAACACAAAGAUUUAUUUUACCAUCAGGUAUGCCAUCUUCAGAAAUGUUAUCUCCGGGUUUGAAAAACACUUUAUCUACAGUUUGUUCCCCCAAGUGUAAGGGAGAACCUAUUGUACUAUGUGAGAAGUUAGACAUGUCUUCAUUAGACAGCACAGAAAACUCCGGAUCCUUUGUUACCAGUUCUCAAACAGAGGAAAGCAUUGAUAUAACGGAUGCCGUGGUUGUGCCAACAGAAACCUCUGAACUAAAGAUGAAGGUUCUCUUUACAAGAAAACCCUCAGACUGUAAUUUAAUGAGUAACUUACCUUCAACACCAAAGUGUGCAAGUAAUGCUUUGUCUAGUUCACCAUAUGGUCUACGCCGCACUCCUGAUAGGAGACAGAGGGAGGCUGCUGCACGUCUCGGCACACCACAGAUUCCUUCAAAGUUCUCAACUCCAAAAAGUCACCAACCUAUUGUGCCAGUGGCGGUUCCAACCUAUGAGGUUGAGCUAGAGAUGCAAGCGUCGGGGUUGCCAAAACUUCGCUUUAGAAGAACAGACUCCAGUUCAACAGUUGAUUUAGAUACAGCCAACAGGAGUGACUCUCCACAUCCAUCUAAAAAAAGAAAGGGAGAUGAAAGUCCUUUUAGCGAGAGCUGGUGCAGUAAACAUGCGAUGAAGUUAGAGUCUACUUGUAUUUCUCCAUCAUGCAUACUGUCCUCUCAUGCCACACCUGGGAAAGGCAGUGUGCAAACCUUUAUUUGUCAGUCUUAUACACCGAAUAGGUGCUCUUCUAAUGCUGCGUCCCCAGCACCCUUAGACGUCGGAGUUCCGUGGACACCUUCACCAAAAUUUAAGGAUAAGAAUGGCAGUGAUGCGAUUAAUAAUUGGCCUAGGAGGAAAAAGGCAUCUACCGUGAACAGUGUUUUGAAGUUGGAUAAAAACCUAGAACACGCAGAUCCGUUCCAUUCACCUGUGGAAGACCCAGAAACUGUAGUUUCAGAGCAAGUGACCACUAAACCACCUUCUCCGGGUGACUUUGAAUUAGAAGGGGUUUCUAAACUCGAGGAACAUUCUCCUGUCAUAGUGUGGCAAGGAAAUUCUGAUUUGGAGACUUAUAGACUUAAAUCAAGAAAACGAGGUCUAGAAUUUUUGUCUCCCAAUAACUCAGACCAGUGUUCAAAAAAACCCCGCACUGCUCACGAAGAAUAUGAUCUGGUCCACCACAAAAAUGAAGACCUGGAAGGAACAGAUAAAUGCCACUCAAGCCAAAGCGUGUCUUCAAAUCUGAACUCUUCUCAGCGGAGCUCCUGCGAUGAAGUCUUCAACAUUUCAGGUUUUACGCCACCUAACAACCUACUGAAAAGUUCUAUAUCUGCUAGCGGUCUGCUCUCUCUUACUCAGUCGCCUAUGCUGUACCAAGGGAAAACACCGUUAUCCAAGCGCAAGAUGACGCUAGACGGUGAGCCUGAGGCGCAGCAAGGUACGCCUCAACAGAAGCGGCAAGCACUUCAGCCGUCUGACUCCGAAGACUCUCCUUUCAGUAAAGCCGUCUCUUUUCGUUCUGUCAGCAGAACCUAUAGCCGCAAAAAGCUUAUCCCCUAAAACUAGUUGCCUAACCUGAGGCUACGGUACUUGAAACUUUUCAGCAACUUAGCUCAAAUUAUUCCGG